AAACUGAACUCCAGUUCACUGCGUGGCUGUCAGAGGAGUCAGUUAUGGGGCUGCUGCUGCCGAUCCUUCUUGGCUUGCUAGCCGCUCUGAUUGGCGGGUUGUACCUACUCGGGGUGUUUCGACAGCAGCGACCGGGCGAACCCCCUUUAGAUAGGGGGCUUUUACCUUGGCUGGGUCAUGUCUUAGAGUUUCGCAGGGACACGUUAAAGUUCCUGGAGAGGAUGAAGAAAAAGCAUGGCAAUGUGUUUACAAUUCAGCUGGCAGGAUUUUAUGUCACAUUCCUUCAGGACCCUCUGUCAUUUGGGACAUUUGUUAAGGAGAGUCGAGAAAAACUGGACUUCAACAAGUUUGCACAACAGCUGGUGCACAGAGUGUUUGGUUACAAAGCUAUCACAGCUGACCACAACAUUCUCACGAUAUCCAGCAACAAGCACCUGAAAGGGGAUGGCCUGGAGGUCAUGACUCAAGCCAUGAUGAGUAAUUUGCAGAACUUGAUGUUGUACAACAUCGGAUCGGCUGCAGACCAAGGCACCUGGACAGAAGACACAUUGUUUGCAUACAGCUACAACAUUGUUUUUAGGGCCGGCUACUUGUCCCUGUAUGGCAAUGAGCCUUUCAAUUCUGAAGGAAGUGAGGAAAAAGCCAAAGAGAAAGACAGAGCUGAAUCUGAUGCCUUAUUUUAUGAGUUUCGUAAAUAUGACCAACUCUUCCCCAACCUAGCUUAUGGGGUCCUGCCACCAAGAAAAAGGCUGGAAGCAGAGAGGCUGAUGGGAUUCUUCUGGGAUGCUCUGUCAGUAAAGAAGAUGAAGGCCAGGGACAACAUCAGUCGCUGGAUUUGGGAUGUACAGCAGGCCAAAGAGGAAGCUGGUGUGAAAGAGUCAAUGAUAAAUAGAUACAUGUUUGUGCUUCUUUGGGCCUCACAGGGCAACACAGGACCCUCGGCAUUCUGGUUGCUCCUCUUCCUCAUGAAACACCCAGAGGCCAUGACGGCAGUGAAGGAAGAGGUAGAUAAGGUUGUGAGGGAGUCUGGUCAGAAAGUCCAACGUGGAGGCCCUUUAAUCAACCUUACCCGUGAAAUGCUGAUGAAGACACCAGUCCUGGACAGUGCUGUAGAAGAAAUCCUCCGACUCACUGCUGCACCCCUCCUCACCAGAGCAGUGCUCCAGGAUAUGACCCUCAAGAUGGCUGAUGGGCGUGAGUACUUAAUUCGCCAGGGUGACAGAAUGGCAAUGUUUCCUUAUAGUGCUGUUCAGAUUGACCCAGAGAUCCAUCCUGAUCCACACUCAUUCAAAUAUGACCGCUUUCUGAAUCCGGACGGGACCAAGAAAACAGACUUUUACAAAGAAGGGAAGAAGGUGAAGUAUUACAACAUGCCCUGGGGUGCUGGGGUCUCCAUGUGCCCUGGUCGUUUCUUUGCCACCAAUGAGCUUAAACAGUUUGCUUUCCUCAUGUUGCUCUAUUUUGAGUUUGAGCUGAAGAAUCCUGAUGAGAAGAUACCUGAGAUUGACUUCAGGCGGUGGGGCUUUGGAACAAUGCAACCCAACAGAGACGUUCAGUUUCGAUACAGACUCAGAUAUUAAUAAAGUCAGUCACUUUUAUUUCUCUGAUAAAAGCUUUCAUUUCCAUUUUGAUCACAUAAGUUUUUGACAGUUAUGUUUCUACAGGUAGCUGCAACUAAGGCAUGGGGCAUUGGUACUGCUUAUAAUCCUCAGGAUAUUUUGUUCUGUUGUUCACAGUGAUUUACAUUGAUUUAUUUUGUCCACAUCUGUUAAUAUAAUGAGCAAAUCUCUAAAUGUUUUUGAAGUAGAAAAGGUAAAGACACCAUUGCUUUGUUAAUAAUUUGCAUGGAUCUCUGUGGUAUUAGUGUAUCCUUAUUUAAUAAUUAAACAAAUAUAUCUCUGUUUGUGUAACCUUUAAUAUCACAGAGGGCAGGUUUUACUAUUAAAAGCUUCCGUCUUAUGUAUGUGCGAUACUUAACCUUACACAAUCAAACCAGCAUUCUCUGUUUUGUGCAUAGACGGAAUGUCAAUAAACUGGUUUCAAGAUAAAGGACAAGUUUUAUUGAAGUAAUCUUUCCUGAAACUGUGCCUGUCACCAUAAUGUAUUGUGUCACCAGCAUGUAUUUAGAGCUUCUUAAUAUGGUUACACGAACAAUGAUCGUUGCAACCUGUAAUAAAAUUUUAUUGGACCAAAAUCUAAAUCAUUUAUUAUGCCAGGCUCCGUUGCUUUAAUGAGGCUUGAGUAAAAACAAAGUUCAUUUGUCUUGAGUUCAGCAGCACAUGACUGCUUUAGUAACUGAAAGCUUACUCAGCAACUACAAGAAAUUAACCAUUGUAAUCAAACAUUCAUUUUGUAGACCCAUGUAAGAUUAAUUAUACUGUUUUAACCUAUAAAUGCAGUUAUAUGCCUUAGAAUGUGUAAAAAUAUGUAACACCAUUUCUGAAACAGUAUAUGCAUUUUGUAUCAAGGCUUUCAAGCCUUACAUUUAUCCUCUUGAUUAAAAACUAAAGCUGGUUAUCAUC